CUGUCAUCGAUUAUGCGACCUUCUAUACUGCGGCAAACUGCGCUGGCGGCUCGUUACACCAAGCCUGCAUGUGCUUUCCAAAGCAACGCCAUCAAGGCUUCGGCUUUCCAUGCCUAUACUCAGCGCUCUGCCAUUCUGCCUCCAGGACCCCGUGAGAACCCCUCAGCUAUUAACGACCCUGUCCCUACUCCUAACCCCAACGCCUCGCAUGGCUCCUACCAUUGGACCUUUGAGCGCCUCCUCGCCGUCGGUCUUAUGCCUCUCUCUAUUAUGCCCUCCGCUGCUGGCUCCCUUAACCCUACCACCGACGCCAUCCUGUGCUCCGCUAUCCUCCUGCACUCUCACCUUGGCUUCCAGUCCGUUAUCAUCGACUAUAUCCCUAAAACUCGCUACUUAAGUCUGCGAAAGAUCCUCUGGUGGGGCCUAAACCUGGCGACCGUCACUGUCGGCGUGGGAUUAUAUAAGUUUGAGACUAACGAUAUUGGCGUUACUGAGGCUAUUAAGAAGAUCUGGAAGGCAUAA